CUUCCUGUUUCCCCGCGACCUUUGCAGGAGGCUGGCAUUUUCUCACGAGGAGUAGCAGCCCUCGCCUCUUCCUCCAGGCUCACAGUCAUUUGCCAGGCCCGUGGCUCUUGCAUUCCGUGUCGAAGAAGCAGCCGAUGGUGGCACAACUCAUUUGAGACGAGCAGGAUCCAGUUGUCAUUCAGUCCCCCAUUUGGGACGCACCAUUCCCUUUGUGGGCUGAGAGCUGAAGGAAGCACACGCUGAUGCCCCUUUUAACAACAUCCGAGGCAGGCUGAAAAACAGAGCAAAAAGUGAAGAGAGGGAGAGUUGUAGCAAUUAGAACUGGAGGAAGGAACCCAUUACAUCUGUGGAAAAGGACUUGGGAAAGAUGGACAACCGUACUGAACAUCAAAGAGUUCAAAUUGAUGAAAAACCAUGUAAAUCAGAGUAUGAAAACAGCUUUAAUGAGGAGGAGUACCUCACUAUCUAUCAAAGAGUCAACACAGAAGAGAAACAAUAUAAAUGGACAGAGUGUGGAAAGAUGAACAAUCUUACUGAUCAUCAAGAACUUGAAAUUGAUGAAAAACCAUGCAAGUCAGAGUGUGAAGACAGCUUGAAUAAGGAGGAAUAUCUCACUAUCUAUCAAAGUGUCAACACAGGAGAGAAACGAUUUGAAUGCACAGAGUGUGGAAAGAGUUUCAAACAGAAAGCCAACCUAACUAAGCAUCAAAGAACCCACACUGGUGAGAAACCAUAUAAAUGCUCUGAGUGUGGAAAAGAGUUCAGUCAAAAGGAAUAUCUCUCUAUCCAUGAAAGAAUCCACACAGGGGAGAGACCAUAUAAAUGUUUAGAGUGUGGAAGACGGUUUUGUCAGAAGGAAUACCUCACUAUCCAUGAAAGAAUCCACACAGGGGAGAAACCAUACAAAUGCUUAGAAUGUGGAAAGAGGUUUUGUCAGAAGGAGUACCUCACUAUCCAUCAAAGAAUUCACACAGGGGAAAAACCGUAUAAAUGCAUAGACUGUGGGAAGAGCUUUAGUCAGAAGACCAAUCUUACUAGUCAUCGAAAUAGUCACACAGGGCAGAAACCAUAUAAAUGCUUACAGUGUGGAAAGAGCUUCAAUCAGAAGGCCCAUCUUACUAGCCAUCAAAACACCCACACAGGAGAAAAACCAUAUACAUGUUUAGAAUGUGGUAGAAGCUUCUGUCAGAAGGCUAACCUUACUUCCCAUCAAAAAACACACACAGGGGAGAAACCAUAUGUGUGUUUAGAGUGUGGGAAGAGUUUCAGUAAGAAGGCCAACCUCGCUUCUCAUCAGAAAACGCACACUGGGGAGAAGCCAUAUAUAUGCUCAGAGUGUGGAAAGGGCUUCAGUCAUAAAGCCAAUCUUAAUACUCACCUAAAUACCCACAAAGGAGAGAAACCAUAUAAAUGUCUAGAAUGUGGAAAGAGCUUUAGUCACAAGCCUACCCUUACUAGUCAUCAAAAGACCCACACAGAUGAAAAACCAUUUAAAUGCUCAAAGUGUGGAAAGGCCUUCAGUAAGAAGGCCAACCUUCGUACCCAUCAAAAAACCCACACUUACACUUGAUUCAGACAAGAUGCUGGGAUAAGUUUAUGCCUCUAAAUCUACUCUUGAUCUUUGUGUAUGCUGACUUCACAAAUCUAGAUGUGCAAAGAUGACUAAAUAUCUGAGUCAGCUUGGUUGUAACUGUUAUUGAAAGGAAACUGAUCCAGUGUGCUGACUGAGGGAGUCAUUAGAUUCUGCUUAAGAAAAUCAAAUUUUGGCCAGACAUCCUCAAGAACUUUGGGCUGAGGUGAAAUCAACCAUUCUUCGGCACAGCAAUUGAGAAUCCUCCAAGAGUGAAUCUCAUCAGCCUUUCUACUUUCAGAGGAAGGUGAAAGAACCUAAAUCUAAAUAAAUUAAAUGAAACCAAAAUAUUGAGCAGAAAAUUUUUGCAAAAUCCAACCAAAAAUGUUUUUGUAGGCAGUUGAUCAAGCUGAUACAAUUCGGACAAGGUUUUAAGAAGAAAACUCCCUUGGUUUUUCAACUGGAUGUGUUAUGUGAAAGACGAAAAAGAAACAUGACCUUGCUGCUUCUCCUGGACUUCUCAGCGGCUUUCUAUGAUAUCCUUGAGGAACACUUUUGAAGUUCAGGGUUCUGUUUUUGUAUGAGCUCCUUUUUAGGAGGAAGACCAUGGAGAUUUCCAAUCUGCAGGAAUAAUCUAAUUCUGCUGCCUAUGCAUUUUAAUGCCUGCACCAAAGAGCUGAGAGAAAAAACUCAGUCUCAAGUGAUGUAAUCAAUAUUUAUUUUUGCUUCAUUUAAACUCCACUUUUCUCCCCAUUCUCCAGAUCUCCAUUCUGCCUUCGCAACAGUGGUGUGAGGUAGGUUAGGCAGAGACGUUGUGACACCCCCUCUGACAGUCUUCAAGCAGCCGCUGGACAAACACUUGUUAGGGAUGCUCUUGGCUGAGCCUGCAUUGAGCAGGGGACUGAACUAGAUGACCUGUAUGGUCCCUUCAUAAUUGUAUGAUUGGCUCAAGGUCACCCAACAACCUUCCAUGACAGAAUGAGGGUUUGAACACGGGUCUUCCAGUUACUAACCCCACACUUAAAGCUCUACACCAUUUAAGCUGUUAAUGUAUGGGUUACACACAACUCUGUUUUUCUUUUUCAGCCUCAGCAAAUGCACAUAC